AUGAGUGUCUUUCAAAAAUUAUUAUUUACCAAAAGUCUACAUCACGUAGGAAGAACAGAAUUUUGUGGAUAUUCGACGGGAAAAAAGGUAGCGCCAGUACAAUCAAAACAACCUGUAGACCCUAGGAGAGUUUUCAAAAUCUAUCGGUUCGGAGGCAUUCUUAGCAAAGAAAAACCUAAACUUAUAAGUUAUGACCUUGAUGUUAGCAAAUGUGGAAGAAUGGUUUUAGAUGCCCUCAUUAAAAUAAAGGACAUGGAUCCAACACUUGUAUUUCGAAGGUCUUGUCGAGAAGGUAUUUGCGGCUCUUGUGCUGUCAACCUUCAAGGAAACAAUUGUCUCGCUUGUAUUACACCUAUUCCGUCGGACAAAGUAAUCACCAUACAUCCUAUACCUCAUAUGUAUGUUAUCAGAGAUCUUGUUGUAGAUAUGAACCAUUUCUUUGAUGUUUACGAUAGCAUAAGACCAUAUCUAAUACGUCGUAAUCAGGGUCCUUUGGGUAAAUAUCAAUAUGCUCAGAGCAUCAACGAUAAUUCAAAAUUGAUUGGCUUGUACGAAUGUGUUCUUUGUUCGUGCUGUGCAACAGCAUGUCCUAGCUACUGGUGGAAUGGUCGAAGAUUUAUGGGCCCUGCAACACUGCUGCAUGCUUACAGAUGGAUUAUUGAUUCACGCGAUGAAGAUACAGAGCAAAGACUGUACGAUUUGAGGGACGAUUUUAAAGCUUUUCGCUGUCAUACUAUUUUAAACUGUACUCUGGCCUGUCCUAAAGGAUUACACCCCGGCUUAGCUAUUGCUAAAUUAAAAAGAUUAAUAUCAGGCCUCGAUAAAAAACCACCUUCGGAAAUAGAUGCUAUGAAAUUUUCAGAUUCAGGAAAUAAGUGCUGA